GAAAUCAAGAUAAAAACUCACGAUGUUCUGUUCAAUCAAAGCAAAAUGAUUAUAUACCGAGUUACCACUAAUGAAAAAGAGAUGAAACUGAUGAAUGAGACAUGAAAACGAACACGGGGCUCGCUAGGAAACCAGUUGCUCUUUUAUAAGAGAAGGAGAAGAGGAACCUCUGUUUAUUCCGGAACUUGAUGGACAAAGUAUUACUCCUCGUUGUUGUCAGCCUUUGUUCCUGCCUGGCCGAGAGGUCAUAGCAGCGUCAUGCGGUGGGUGGAGAGGAAAUAAGGCGAGACACCGGGAGAUAAUAAUAACCUCUGUGAUACGAAGACAAGUUUAUUUACUAGUGAUGGCGUUAGUGAUAAGUGUGUUGUGUUGGGUCUUUUAAAUAGUUCUUUUUUGUGUUAAUCACGUUUGUGUGUGUGUUGUGAUUUUCCCCUCAGGACGAGGAGCAUAUCCAUCUGCUGCCAUGCGCUACUCCAUCGCACAUUAUCCUGGUUCAGUCAGUGGGUGUUAAGCAACGCAAAAGGAACAUUAUUCGAUGGUUUAAAUUAAACAAGUCUUGGACGUGCAAUGUACCAAUGUCAGUGAUGCCAACAAUGAAAGCGUGAGUUGUACAGAGGAAGUCUACAAUGGCCACGUACUGCCCAGAAGACCUGGCCUCCAGGGAGCUGUCCUGUCCCAUCUGCUUCGAGGAUUACGAUAUUCAUGAUGAUAAGAGAUCACCCAAGUUGCUGCUCUGCCUCCACACCUUCUGCCUCGACUGCACCAGCAAGCUGUGGAAGAGCGAUGGGUCUAUAGAGUGCUCCCUGUGCAGGAUGCUGCACGAGGGGGUCAGAUUAGAAGACCUCUUGGACAACCACGUGAUAGUUCAGCAUCUCAGGCGAGAAUGUGAGAAGCAGGACCUUGAGCUGGCAAGGAGGAUUGAUCAGGAACUGCGAGACUUGGACAGCUUGGCACCUGCAGGAGAAAGUGAUAUUACUGAGAUUAAGGCUAUGUUUGAGAAAAAGUCCUUUGAUACCCCUGACAUACCUGAAGUGGUGAAUAUAUCAUCUGAACAAGAACAAGAGGAGGAGGAGGAGGAUCCUGAGGACCAAGAGGAAAACAGGCAUUAUAUACUGAACAACCUCCUAGAGGAGUUCAUGGAAAGGUUAAAUUCGCCAAGAAUGCACAUAAAUCCAGAAAGCGAAGACAAUGAAGAAGAUAGUGAUGACAGAGAUGAUGAUGAUGAAAACAGUGAAGAACAUGAAGAAAUUCAGGAAGUUGAAGCUCAGGAAGAAGAAAAUGAUGGUGAUCCUGAGGAAGAGGAAGCUACUAACCCUUUUUAUUCUCUCCAUAAUAUUCACUCCUUGUUGGAAGAGGCUGAAGAGGACAAUACUGGUGAUAUAUAUGAAGUUCAAGAUAUUCAGACCAUCUUGAAUAUGACUGAAAAUGAAGAAAAUGAUGCUGAUGAUGAUGAUGAGGAGGAGGAUGAGCGAUGGCACUCGGCAAGCGAUGAAUUAAAUGCUGCUUGCUGGAAUAAUCACGAGAACUUGCAAUUGGAUGACGUUAAUGAAAUGGAAGAUGAUACUCCAGAAAUAUAUGACUGGCACAUCAUUAACUCGGAAAGCCUCUUGGAUGAUUAAAUAAUUUUGUAUUUAAAAUAGUAAAUAUGAAUGCAACAGAAGCAAGUUGUUAGUCAUGUAGGUUAGUUAGUGUAAACAAAUAACCUUGGCUCAAUCCAUCACAUAACUUUGAGGUGUAGCUCCAUUUCUGCAAAUUUUUCAUUAAAAAGAAUGCUAAGUUUGGUUGUGUUACGUUUUCAUAAUCGGAAACAAGAUGACCGUCUUUUGUAUUUACAAUUUAGCAAUGGCUGUGAAAUUUUAAGCUUGAAUAUUCUGAAAGGUUUGUAGUGGACGAAACAUGAAAUCCAGUGUUGGUCAGAGUUAGUAUUACAAUUAGUCAGUAUUUUUACUUAAUGAUAAUGUUACCUGUCAAAAUAUGGCAGAACCUGCUGGAACAUCAAAUAAUUUGGAUAGAAUACUGUUUUAUCAAUUAUGAAUAUUAGUGGUAAAAAUGAAGUCCAUCAUAACUUUCCCAAAUGGCAUCUUCACGCAUUUAGAAAGGGAAGGAUUAAAAACUUAACUCAAACUAGAAUCUUUUCAGAAAAACAGACAUUACAUGUACUGUAAUUACCACUGUUAUUACAGUACCACUGUUAUGAAUAUAAUGUGAACCUGUGAUUCUUGGUCUAAUAACAUGAACUUGAACAUUGUGUAAGUGUGUUGGUGAAAGCUUGUGGUUACAGAAAUUAGACAACUUGUAAUCAUAAAAUGAACUACAGUAGUCCUUUGUGAUGAUUAAUGUUGAGCUUGAAGAUGAUGUUUACAUUUCAUUAAAAUGAAGUGAAGUUGUCUGUUAAAUUUGUGACCCUUUGGAAAUUUUAAGAAAGUUAUGAAAAGAAAUUGCUGCCUGUAUUGCACAGAUUGAUAAAAGUGCCUCGGUAUUUGAUGGCUGUGGGCUUCUUCGUGCAUGAGAUGGAUAUGUUUUUGAAGUGAUAUUACUGCUGCAAUUGCACAAAGAAGAUUUUUUUUGUGGCUUGAUGAAUGAAUGAUGGCUGGGGUGUGUACAAGUUAGUGUUGAAGUAUAAAUCAGCAGUCAAUUUUUUUUUUUUUUUUUUAGUUGGUAACUUGAAUGUUCUGUCAAUGUGUCAUAGUUAUAGCCGGGUGGCCUAGGAACCACAGUCUGCAUGAGAAAUAAACAUAAUGUAUAGUGAUAAAAGUUGUAUAGAUAGCAUUUUCUUUUAUUACUGCAUCAGUGAAAUUUUAAGUAGUGAAUGCCAGUUGUAAAUCAUUGUAUGCAUGUGUAUGAAGAAUGUUAUUUUUCCCAGAAUGGUGCCUUACGUGUAAUUUGUAAAUACUGAACAUGUAAAAAUACGGCUAGAACAUAUAUAAAUCAAGAACUCUAGGUUUAAUUAAUGUACAGGUAAUUUGUUUUCUACCCUUCAUACAUUUUUGUCAAUACUAUUAUAUUGUUUUUGUUCUUCGUGUCAUUAACCUAAUUAGCAGUUGUUUAUAAAUGUAUUAUGUUAGGACAUCUCUUGUCCUUAUGGUAUCCAUGUUGUCAGUCUUCAUUGACUAAAUGCUGGAUAUUAAAAUUUUAAUUGGA